CAGUUCGAAAAGUCCGAACCGAACUUUUCGACGGAUGAAAUUAAUUUGACGUAUUCGGUCCGCAACCAGUUGUUAUGUAUGGACAUUCCAUCCUUUACCUAUCUGAGAAUCUGUUGGAGAAGUUGACGUACAUUGAAUCCAAAUCAAAUGGAACAAGUGAAACAUUAGACAGCCAAGUGGGUUUACCUUUUCGCGUUAAUUACUUUGUCGACAUAGAUACGUAUUACGCCCUGAUUUUCUUACACACGGUCAUAUGCGAAAUACUGUACUUGAAUUUUAUAUGUGCAGUCGAUGUUUUGUAUUUGACAUUUGUUGAAUAUUACUGCGGCCUGCUCGCAGCUCUGAGCUGUAUCAUGGAAAAUGCACACAAUUUGAAAGGCGGUGUCGACGAUCCGUUAAAGCACGUCACGAAGAACGGUAAAUCUUAUUCCAUUGUCGCUUACAGCAUUCAAAGACACACCGAGGCGAUACAAUUUAUUGAUAUCCUGGAGUCAUUGUACAGGCUACCCCUUUUCAUCCAUAUGGGUUGUAUCAUGUUGAUGAUAAGUAUUAUAGGAUUUCAGGCGAUAACAAAUAUCUACGACCUGAAUCGCCUUUCACAAAGUUGUCUUUAUCUUAGUGUGUGUCUUAUUGGAACAUUUUUCGAGAACUGGCAAGGUCAGAAAGUCAUAGAUUCCAAUGAAAAGUUGUACCAUUCCAUAUAUAACAUGAAAUGGUAUGAAAUGUCAUGUGCGACGAAAAAGCUAGUAAUUUUGAUCAUGCUAAGAAGCUUAAGACCGACGCAGAUAACGGCCGGCAAGAUUAUCGUGAUGUCAUAUGAGAAUUUCAGUGCGGUAAUACGAAUGUCCUCGUCAUAUUUUAUGCUGCUGCGAUCUGUACAAACUACGUAAAACAUUUUUAGAAAAUUCACGAUUAUCGAAUUUCACAGUUGGCUGAAUUAGUAGAAAAUAGAUAUCCA